GUAACGAAGUCACGUUAGACUUUAAACGUUUUAUUCCCAAUUUUAGGCUAUAUCUAUAUUAGGCUAUAACUUUCCAGAAAUAUAUGUAAAAUCAAUAACGGUCAAUCUUUUAUGGCAUUAUUUAUGCAAUUUUAAUUUGGUUAUAUUUGACUCUGACGACUGUUUCAUUGUUUGAAUGCAGUUGUACGACGUAGUUACUUGUUUCAUAAAACGAUCUUUAACAUUUUAGCCAAUUGAGUUUUAAAGCAAAACACCAGAGCCUUAAUGUCGCCCAGCCCAUUUUAUACUUUGAUUGAUGCUUCCGUUGCGCUACAAAACAAAAGGACGAAGAGCAAAAGUAAGAUUCAGUUGAGGCAUCACAGACCCAGACGCGCACGUAUCUUACAAAUACCGAAGCGUCCUUCAAACGCCAUUAUCUCUUAAUAAUACGAGAAACGCAAAAACUUUAGCGCACACGGAGUCUUCCAGAAACUAUGGAUCAUACUGGAGGUAAUGUCUUCCAGCCUCAUACGGACGCUAUAAAUUUUGGCAUUGAUCACAUUCUGAACCAUGAACAGGGGAGUUUUACUGUUUCCAACUCCAGACUUCAGGAUCCCGACUAUGGCUUGGGAUGCAUGGUGAGUACUGCUUACAGCACGAUGACAGGUAACUACGGCAUCAGUAAUACUACGGGAUACAGCAGCAGCUCUUGCGGAAGCACAUCUUUAGUUGGCUCUUACAAUGUGAAUAUGGAUAUGAACAUACACGGGCAUAACGCGACCCAAGCUGGAGUCAUCAGUGUUCCCGGUGUUUAUUCAUCGGCGCCUCCCGGUGCCACGACGCUGUCAAGUCCCGAAAACGUAAAUACCGUUAAUAAUCUGGCGAGAUUAAGUUUUCCGUGGAUGUCAAGCAAUAGAAGACACACAAAAGAAAGACUUACAUCGGCGCUCUCACCCUCCACACGCCGUGCAGGUCACCCGUACCAGAACCGGAGCCCGUCGAAGAAGAAAAAACCUAGAACUUCCUUCACCAGACAUCAGAUAUGUGAACUGGAGAAAAGGUUUCACCGGCAAAAGUACCUGGCGUCUGCAGAGAGAGCAGGUUUGGCAAAAACACUUAAAAUGACUGAUGGGCAAGUCAAAACAUGGUUCCAAAACAGAAGAACUAAGUGGAGACGGCAAACGGCAGAGGAGAGAGAAGCGGAGCGGCAGCAGGCCAACCGAAUCCUCCUGCAGCUCCAACAGGAAGCCUUCCGGAAAUCACUGGAACCGCCAGAACACCCCGACCCAAUUUGCCUGCAGAACAGCUCCUUGUUUGCUCUUCAGCACCUUCAGCCGUGGACAGAGAGACCCAGUAAAAUAAGCGGCAUGUCCUCUUGUGAUUAGAGGAGUCGACACGUGGAAACUGCGUCACCCUUAAAAUAAACAGCUACACAACAGCUGUAUUAUGUUUACAAAAAUGUAUAAAAAAAACAGGCCCGAUCUAGCAAUGGUAUAUAACGGUGAAAGUAAGUAAAUGUAAAAUUAAAAAAAAAAAUACUGAAGAGAAAGUCACAGCUAUAGAAAAAAAGAACAACCGUUCUCAGCACAUUCUGUAUUCAUCGAGAAGAUAAAGUGAUCGAUUUGAUUAAAAAGAAGUUAGUGAUAUUCGGAAUGAGACAUUUAAAGUUUUUCUGAAUUAGUUUUAUUUCUAUAUAAAAUUUCCAUAUCAUUAACUUCACACACUGCUUUCACGAAAGAAAGAAAAAUGUGAUACCAGCUCUUUGUGAGAAUAUGUUCCAAGGAAUUCUCCAGAAUUUGAGAUAGAAUUGAUUUAUUAAUGUUUUGUUUGCUUCCGGGAUAGGCUCCGGACCCCCUGCGACCCAGUAGGAUAAGUGGUUUGGAAAAUGGAUGGAUGGAUGUUUUGUUUUACAAUGUAACAUGCAUCUGUUUAUAUCUGUUUUUUGUUAAAAUACAUGAAAUGUUGUACUUAUCAUAUAAGUGCAUACAAAAUGAAAAUGAAUCUUGGAAUAAUUGCACAGCACUUAAAAACAUUAACGCUUUAUAAUUACAAAUGCAUUGCCAAAUGUCUUUAGGCUACUGUAUGGAAUGAGUGUGGUUCAUAGCACAUCUUUCAGAGGCUGCAAGUCUGUCCCUUUUAGAAGGUGGCCUGUGUUUUUCUUCCUUGCAUUUCGGGCCUUGUGGGAAUGGAGCUGCUUUCCAAACACUGAGCAGAUGCAGACGUGCGGCAGUGUGCGUGAGACAGCCCAGGGUCUCCGUCUCCAUUAGUGCAGGAAUGCAAGGUUUCAUUUCAUCAUCCAUUUGUAAAUGGUUUCUGGUGCAUCAACCAGGGACUUUUCAAACCCUGUCCACUCCUAAAACAAAAACAAAUGGAGAUCAGACGUUCGCCAUUCAAAAAAAUAAAAUAACAAAUCAGAGGGUGUAGGUGCAUUCUCAACAUCCACUAUUUAGUUCUCACUUUUCCUAAAAUGCAAUGAAAAGACCAGUGAAGGACUUCAACUUCAACAAACCAUUCUCUGUGUAUGUUUUAGAAGAUGCCUUCUCUACGGUAAGAUUAAAGCCAGUGGGUAAUCAUUUGUGCUGUUCUUUUGCUUCUGAAUGUACUUAAAAUGAUUAUUCUCUAGUGUUACACUCCGGAAGCCAUAUAUCCUGAGAAGCAAUAUAUUUUAACAUAUUGAACAAGUCUAAUGUUUGAAAUUGUUCAUGCUAAGAAAUUAUUUUAUUAGAAAUAAUUGUUCUUUGUUUCCAUUGUUUUAGUAUUUCGCUGCCAUCUCAAUAUAUUCCAUGACACAUAGUGUGCAUCUAGUUAUAUAUGUGAAAGGGUGUUAUUAUAUAGACAUUUUAUAGCCCUUUACAAUUUCACAUGUAUGCUGUGGUUUACAUAUUAAAUAAAACCACAAAAUGGAGAAA